GAAACAUGAGCAUAUGCAUCCCAAGGUCCAACUCCAAGUCCAUUAACCCAAACGUUAAAACCGCCCCCUCUUCUCAGUCCCUACUCCUUAUAUUAACUUAAUUUCCCGGCCACCUCAGAAAAAAGCCUAUUCAAUCUCUUUGUUUCUGAUUUUCGAUAGAAUUUUCAGCUCUCUCUUCCUCUGCCUACGCACCCCAAAACACUUGGCGGAGUGAAAGGGUUUUCUUCUCUCUUUCUCGUUCCUCCGAUUCUCUUCCUUGUCUUCAUGUAAAUGGUGCUGCCGGGUUUGAACGGAGAUAGAGGGACAGUUCCAGCGCCGGAGUCCAUGGCGACCAGUCCCAAGCGAUCAAACCGCCUUCAUAAUUUCAACCUUCCACACUUGAAGUGGGGAAGCCAGAAGUACCUGAGGUGCACAAACUCCGCCGGCUCUAGCCGCUCCAGCAGCGGAGAUCGCCGAUCUUCAGUUUCAAUGUCCGAUGAGUCACCGCCGAGGCGGAAGAGGGAAACGGAACAGGAGGGAAACCACUCGGUGGCAAAGAUACCGAGGUCGCGAAUCAAUGGCAAGGGCCGCAGCGGUGCCGAUGGCGUGAAGGACGGAAUUGAGGCGAUGAGGCAAAAACUGAUGUUUGAUCUGAAAACCGAGGCUGACAAGAUGAAAGACGCCAUUUUGAGGAACAAAGAGGACGACAAGAUGAAUGUGGGGGAGGAUGAAAACGAGCGGGAAUCGCCGCCUCUGUUAGCGAGGGAGGGCGCGAGGACGUGGAAUCUGAGGACAAGGCGAGCGGAGUGGAAGAUUCCAUUCUCCGACGGCAGACUUGGCGGCGGCAGCGAGAAAGCGUUGAAGAUUGAUGAGAAUUCCUCUCCUGCAAGAACUGACGGCGGCACCGUUAAGUUGCUGAAGCUUCGAAGCAAUUCCGAUAAGAGCGCGCCGAGGCCGAAAUUCUCCCUUCAAUUGUCAAGGAAGGAGGUUGAAGAAGAUUUCAUAAAGAUGGUGGGCCACCGGCCGCCGCGCAGGCCCAACAAAAGGCCCAGAAGUAUCCGGAAGCAAUUGGAUGGUCUUGUUCCUGGUUCGUGGUUAACAGAGGUUACAGCAGAUUUGUACAAGGUUGCUGAAGACGCAGGGAAUGGAAAGGCGCGACAAUCUGGGAAGGGGAAGGGAAAGGGAAAGGGAAAGGACAAGAUGCUUGUUUCUUCUGACUCUGAUGAAGAAUCUUGAUUUGAAACUUGAAAGCCUAUAACAACAAUCUUGUUUUGUUGCUUUGAAAGCUAAUUUACUUUUGGUAGUAGGUACAUAGUUCGUUCAUUCGUUUGUUUAUAUGUAACUCUCUACCGAAGAAAGUGGAUUGUGAUAGAAAAGAAUAUCUUAGUUAAUUGAUUAAAGCUUGUGAAGUUCUGUGGCUUUAAGGACGCAUCUAUAUAGCAUUCAUUUAAGUUAUUAGUCUAGAUAAUGAUCAGUGGCAGUUACAUAGAUUUGGUUCUUCUAGUUUCUUGAGUUCUGAGCUAGGUUUCUUUAGGCUGGAGAAAUUAAACUCAAAUUCCAUUAAAGCGCGCACCUUUUUGUUACUCUUUUUUUCCUUUGUUCUCUGAAUUGUAUCAUGAUUCAUGAGUGAAUGUUGUCUUUCUUUGUAUAUUUAUGUUGCUGGUUUCACUCAUAUAUUUAAUAGAAAAGCAGUUAUGUAGUUGCUAAACC